AACAGAAUGUACUACAAAGUACAAACUGUUUAACUCUCCUGAAGGCAAAUCGAAAAUCGAAAAAAUGGAAAUGGAAAUCGAUGACACUCCAAAACCCACAGGUGAAGGGACGAAAGGGAAGCCUAUCGUGGUGAUAUUGGUGGGUGCACCAGGUAGCGGCAAGUCCACAUUUUGUGAACAAGUCAUGGCCUCUUCUACAAGACCCUGGGUUCGCAUUUGCCAGGACACCAUUGGAAAUGGUAAGUCUGGAACAAAAUCUCAGUGCCUAAAGAGUGCUGCUAGUGCAUUGAAUGAUGGAAAAAGUGUAUUUAUCGAUAGAUGCAAUCUCGACAGAGAACAGCGUGCAGAAUUUGUGAAGCUUGGCAAUCCCAAUGUAGAUGUGCAUGCCAUUGUGCUUGAUCUUCCAGCUAAACUCUGUAUAUCUCGAUCAGUUAAACGGACUGGGCAUGAGGGAAACUUGCAAGGUGGAAAAGCUGCUGCAGUGGUGAACCGAAUGCUACAAAAGAAGGAAUUUCCUAAACUGAGUGAAGGGUUUACUCGGAUCACAUUUUGCCAGAAUGAGAGUGAUGUCCAGGCUGCUCAUAACACAUACAGUGCACUUGGUCCUUUGGAUACACUUCCCAAUGGCUCCUUUGGCCAGAAGAACCCAGAUGCCAAAAUUCAGCUUGGUAUAAUGAGGUUUUUAAAGAAAGUAGAGGUUCCUGCUAACACGGUAUCUGAUGUAAAUAGCAUUCAGAGUUCUGUUUCUCAUAAGAAUACUGAGGAAAAGGAGCCCAGCUACAAAGGACAGGAUAAUAUAUCUUCAUUUUCAGGGAAUGCCAGUAAGGAGUUAAAGGAAGGUGAAAACCUGGCAGUUUGCUCUUCUGGUAGUCAUGCUUCUUUGAACAACACUCCUACUCUGGCAUUUCCAUCUAUUUCAACAUCAGAUUUCCAAUUCAACCUUGAGAAAGCCUCUGAUAUUAUUGUCGAGGUUGUUGAGGAAUAUGUAAAUAAGCUUGGGAGUGCCAGGCUUGUGUUGGUGGAUGUGUCUCAUAAAUCAAAGAUUUUGUCUUUGGUUAAGACAAAAGCUGCCCAGAAAAACAUUGAGUUGAAUAAGUUUUUUACAUUUGUAGGAGAUAUCACAAAACUUUAUUCAGAAGGAGGUUUACGCUGCAAUGUAAUAGCUAAUGCUGCAAAUUGGCGACUUAAACCUGGAGGUGGAGGUGUGAAUGCUGCAAUUUUUAAUGCUGCUGGUCCUGCCCUUGAGGUUGCAACCAAAGAACAAGCUCAAUCUCUUCACCCAGGGAAAGCUGUGGUUGUUCCUCUCCCUUCAACUUCUCCCUUGUUUAGUAGGGAAGGGGUUACCCAUGUCAUACAUGUUCUUGGACCAAAUAUGAACCAACAUCGACCAAAUUGUCUGAACAAUGACUAUAUUAAAGGCUGCCAAAUUCUCCGCGAAGCUUACACUUCAUUAUUUGAAGGUUUUGCAUCUAUAAUUAGGACCCAAGGAAAGUUGGCCAAAGUAAGCAAUGAAAACCUUGACUCAAAUCCUUCAGGGGCACAAGAGGUCAUUGAAGGUGCAAAUACAAAGCAUUCUCCAAAUAAUGAUCAAAAGAGUAAGAGAGAGCAUGAACAUGACUAUGAUAGAAGCAAAAAAUGCAAAGGAUCUCAGGAUGAAAUUGGGGCAGAUAUCCCUGAGUCCAAAAUCGGAAAGGUAGACAAAAACAAUGACAAGAUUGAUGGAAGCAUGACCAAGGCAUGGGGAUCAUGGGCUCAAGCUCUUCAUAAAAUUGCCAUGCACCCUCAGACACAUAAGGAUGUUGUGCUGGAGAUAUCAGAUGAUGUUGUAGUACUGAAUGAUCUUUAUCCCAAGGCAAGAAGGCAUCUUUUGGUGCUAGCACGAUCUGAAGGUCUUGAUCGCCUUUCAGAUGUUAGUAAAGACCAUCUGCAGUUAUUAAAGACAAUGCAUGAUGUGGGUUUGAAGUGGGCUGAGAAGUUUCUGCAAGAAGAUGCAUCUUUGAUCUUCCGCCUUGGCUAUCACUCGGUCCCAUCAAUGCGACAACUACACCUUCAUGUUAUUAGCCAAGAUUUUGAUUCAAAAAAUUUGAAAAAUAAGAAGCACUGGAACUCAUUCAAUACCGCUUUCUUUCUCGACUCUGUAGAUGUACUUGAGGAAGUCAGCAGUCAUGGUAAAGCAACCUUAAGAGAUGAUGAAAGCUUGUUGUCUAUGGAGUUGCGUUGUCACCGAUGUAGAAGUGCACACCCCAACAUACCUCGGUUAAAAUCACACAUAAGCAAUUGUCAAGCCCCUUUUCCACCCUCUCUACUUCAAAAUUCCCGCUUAGUGCUUGCCCCAUGUAAUGCUGGUAUUGAUCCUUAGAUGUGUUUAUUUGUCAUGUAUCCUCAAAUUUUGUUGUAAAUAAUGUAGAAUCAUACUGGUUCAAGCAAUUGUGUUUUUGCUGGCUGGCUUGGCACUGAUAAUGAAAUCCUUGUGCAUCAACAAUCUAACUUUA